AUGACUGACCACAAGCCACUGGUUAACAUCUUUAGCCUAACAUCCAUACCGAACCAACGACAAGAACGAUGGGUUCUAAAGAUGCAAGCGUAUCGUUACAAGAUAGAGUACGUUCCCGGCAGGAUAAAUAUAGCCGAUCCUCUAUCACGGCUUUCCGAAGUCCUCGAUAAGAAAUCCUUUGACAGGAGCUCUGAAGCGGAUCGUUGCGCAGUUGUAGAAGUUAACAAGCCAGCUGCCAUUACGAUGAGUGAAAUAAUCCAACGUUCGCAAGAAGAUGAAGAGCUGCAAGGUGUUAAAACUGCAUUGCACAACGGAGAAUGGGAAGGAGUGAUCAAGAAGUACGCACCGUUCAAAAGUGAGUUGUGCUUCGCCAACGAAAUCCUUCUGAGAAAGAACAGAAUCGUUGUCCCACAAGAUCUUCGCGAAGUCAUCCUAACCCUGGCCCACAUCGGUCACCCCGGGCGUGAAAAAGUGAAAAGAAGAUUGAGGGUGGCAGUCUGGUGGCCAGGUAUCGACGUCGCUGUGGAGAAAGUCUGCAAGGAAUGUUUCACCUGUCAACUCGUAGCUCCAUUCGAAAAACCAGAGCCGUUACGUAUCAGGGAUCUACCGAGUGCACCGUGGAUCCAUCUUGCGGGUGACUUUCUCGGUCCGCUGCCAGAUGGUACGUAUCUCUUCAUGCUGAUCGAUUUGUACAGUCGAUAUGUACUUGCGGAGCCGAUGAAGUAUACGACAUCGAAGGAAGUCAUCAGGUUUCUGAACGAAUCGUUCACUCGAAUGGGUUUGCCGUAUAUCUUGACUUUUGACAAUGCGAGAAAUUUCUCUAGUCAAGAACUGAAGGACUACUGUGUGGAUAGAGGGAUAAAGCUAACUCACACUACACCGUACUACCCGAGCGCAAACGGAGAAAUCGAGCGCCAAAACCGCUCCGUUCUGAAAGUAUUGAAGAUCAGCAAACAACAAGGAACCAUCUGGAAGGAAGCCUUACAGGAUUACCUGUAUAUGUACUCCGUAACUCCACACUCGGUAACGGGUGUUUCCCCGGCACAACUGAUGUUCGGACGUCGAUUCCGAGAUCUGAUCCCACAUAUGCAAAUGGAGUUGUGUGACGAUGAAGAAUUGCGCGAUCGUGACAGAAUUGUGAAACACAAUGCCAAGGAAUGCCGAGAUAGGAAGGUUGGAGCAAAGGAAUCGCAAAUCGAAGUUGGAGAUGAAGUUUUGCUCAAGAACAUGACUCCGCAGAACAAGCUAUCGUCGAACUUCCUAUCAACGGCAGCUAAAGUGAUUCACCGAAACGGAAACAGUCUUACACUGGAAACAGAAAACGGACAAGUCUAUAAACGGAAUACAUCUCACGUCAAACCACUUGUGAGACCAGCGGAAGGAAAGCAACAACGGUUGGCGGAAAAGAGUGAUGACAAUGAGGUUGUAGAACCUGUCGAAGAACCGGUUUCAUCCCAGGUAUCGGACACCCUGCAGCGACCUCGAAGAGAAGUGAGACGCCCAAAACAUCUGGAUGAUUUCCGUCUGUAG